UCACAUACUCCCCCACCCAUGAAAGUAUACUGAUAAUAUUUACAGGAAAAGAUGGAACUCUGUAUGCACAUGGCUUGGCAACUCACUCUCAAUGAGAUCAAUCAGGGUUGCAAUAAGAAUGUCGUGAUGUCUCCAAUCUCAAUCGGCAACGCAUUGAAUUUGUUGGCUUUUGCUUCUAUGGGUCGUACCUUGGAGCAAUUGAUGUGGUUCCUUGGAGCAAAGGACUUGAACGAUCUCAAAGCCAAGUCCUUGCUAAUGAUUGAUGCUGGAGCACCCAUUGAGAACAACAAUCAAGGACUGUUUCUCUCUUCUCUUAAUACCCUUUGGACUAAUCAACCUUUCUCUCUCAAACCCUCUUUCAAGGAGUUUGCCAAAACCGUUUUCAAAGCAGAAGCCCACACUCUUGACUUUGUUAAUCAGGCGGAAAUAGCAAGGAAUGAAGUGAAUUUAUGGGCAAAUAAUGCGACGAAAGGGCUCAUAAAAGAGCUUCUCCCACAUAACGCCAUUAAUAAAGAAACAAUAUUCAUCCUAGCCAGUGCACUUUAUUUCAAGGGAGCUUGGUUAAAUGCUUUUGAUAUGAAUAUGACUCAACAUAAAGAUUUUUAUCCCCUUGAUGGUAAACCAAUUCGGGUUCCUUUCAUGAUUGCAAAAACAAAGAAGAAACAUUUUUAUGGAUCAUCCAAAAGUUUUAAGGUUCUUAAAAUUCCAUAUCGAAAAGGACAAGAUAAAAGAAUUUUCUCCAUGUAUGUCAUUCUUCCUAACAAGAAAGAUGGAUUACAAGAUUUAGUUCAAAAUUUUAAUUCCACCCCGGAGUUACUGGGUGAUUGCUUUAAGGUAAAAGAAGUAUAUCUUUCCGAGAUGCGGAUUCCAAAAUUUAAAUUUUCAUAUAAGUUUGAUGCUUCAAAAAUCAUGAAAAAUAUAGGAUUGACAUUACCUUUUGAGAUGGUUGGAGACUUCAAAGGAAUGGUUGAUUCUCUUGAAAGUGAAAAAGUAUUUGUUUCCAAAAUAUUACACGGGUCUUUUAUUGAAGUUAAUGAGGAAGGUACUGAGGCAAUGUCUUUUACUAUUUUUGAUCUUCCUGCAACUUGUUCACGAUAUGAACCUCCUCCACUUCCCAGUUUUGUGGCAGACCAUCCGUUCAUAUUCAUGAUUAGAGAAGAGAUAUCUGGGGUCGUGUUCUUCGUUGGAGUUAUUCUUAACCCGCUUUAUGAUUAAUUGAUAUUUGUUUAUGUUAAAGGAGGUUUGAUGUGUCUUUCAAGUUUAAAUUUAUUCUGAGUUUUUUUGCAAAUUUUAGUACUUUGUAUUCAAGGUUAAAUUUGU